GCGGCGGGCAACGGCGGAGUGAUGGCGGAGCCUCGUGUGUCGGCGUUCUCCGUGUACCAGGCGGUGGCGGUGGAGAGGGGGCUUCCCGGCCAGACCAAUGGAAUUCCAGCAACAAGUCAAGUACAAAGAAAGUGUUCACUUUUGUCUAGGAGGCGCUUGUUGAUGAAGAGGAAACGAAAGUAUUUGAAAGUUAAAAUGAUCUCCUCAACAGGCACUCUUGCAAUUGUGAACAAUGCUGCAUUAUUGCAAAGGGACGUGGAUUGUGCUGAGAAAGAACCCACAAGUCACAAUGGUAAAAGGAAGAUCAGCAGUAAAAGGAUGAAUAAAACUAAAAGGAUGAAGUCAAAGUCUAGGAAAGCUGCUGCAAUUGUCAAUGAUCUGUCGAACCAUUCACAAGGAAAGAGUACAGCAGCCUCCAACUUGGAGAUUCCUGGGGAACCAUCCAAGAGCAAAGAUACACGACCCUGGACAGGACCGACAUUAUCAGUACUUCUUCGGGAUCUACGUCAUGUACAGAACAGCAAGGAAAGAGCGAUUAAACUCUUUGAUUGGUUAAUAGCACCUGUUGCUUCAAAGAAGUUUUUCAAUGACAUCUGGGAGAAGACCCCAGCUUUGAUCAGGCGUCACAAUGUAAACUACUACAAAGGAUUGUUCUCUGCAGAAGAUUUUGACAGAAUACUGAGAGAGGAAAUUGUUAAUUUUGGAACAAACCUGGACGUAACAAGUUAUUUCGAUGGGGAAAAGGAAAUCCAUACUCCUACUGGCAGGGCAUUACCCGUGGUGGUGUGGGACUUUUAUAAGAAUGGAUAUUCUUUGCGCUUGCUGAAUCCUCAGACCUUUUCUGCAACUGUUUGGAACGUGCUGUCUAUUCUUCAGGAAGUUUUUGAGAGCAUGGUUGGAGCUAAUGUCUAUCUGACUCCUCCUGGGAACCAGGGAUUCGCACCACACUAUGACGACAUUGAAGCAUUCGUGGUUCAGCUGGAAGGGGCAAAGUACUGGCGUGUCUAUGAUCCUAGAUCAGCUGAAGAAGUUCUUCCAAGUGUUUCAAGCCGUAACUUCAGUCAGCAGGAAUUGGGCACUCCUAUUAUGGAAACCUUGCUUGAGGCUGGAGACAUGCUGUAUUUUCCAAGAGGCUUUAUCCACCAAGCAAGUUGCACACCAGACACACAUUCGCUCCACAUCACCAUUUCAACCUACCAGAAGAACUCUUGGGGAGAUGUGCUACGUAAACUUUUUCCUGCUGCCUUGGACUUGGCAAUAGAAGACGAUGUAGAAUUCCGUGAAGGCUUGCCUCUUGAUUACCUGGACUACAUGGGAGUGCAGAAUUCUGAAAGGGAAGGUGAUCCACGGAGGGAAACAUUUAAUAAAAAGAUUUACAAUCUAAUGAGAAAGUUACUCAAGUAUGCACCAAUCGAUGCAGCUGUCGAUCAGAAAGCCAAAGAUUUUAUUCAUGAUUGCCUACCUCCCGUCCUUACUAAAGAGGAACUGGCAUGCACGGUGUACAGUUCACCAGUUCGAUGGAGAAAUGGCGGACCACACAACACCAUCCUGCAGUUACGAGGAAGUACCCGGAUACGAAUGCUUCGCAGUAAUAUUGCCAGGUUAUGUGGUGAGAACGGGAGCAUUUUGCUCUAUUAUACCAUUGAAAAUUCCAGAGAAUACCACAAGGAAGAAAGUAAAUGCAUAGAAAUAGAUCCAGAGCUUGCUGAUGGGGUGGAGCUCUUGCUUUGCUCAUACCCACAAUUUAUAAAGGUCGAUAGUCUUCCAGCUGGAAAUCUUGAUGACAAGAUCUCCUUAGCUGUGGCCUUGUAUGAGAAAGGUCUGCUGAUGACUGAAUAUCCACUCCUACCUAAGAGGGACUGAUCUGGGAGCUGGAUCUUUUAAAGGAGCUUUGUAUCCAGUUACACUCUAUUAUAUAUUGACCUAGAAUUGUUCAUUGUAUAAAAUACAGAUUUGAUUUAAGUAUGAUUUUGUUUCCAGUUUGACUGUUCUUGUCCUUUUUUUAAAUGCAGUUAUCAGAUAUUUAAAUUCAGAAAUGAAACAAGGUCACACCCAUGACUGAGAAAUGCUUUAUUAACCUGAAUAAAUGUGGGAUAUGUGCCUCUACCCCAUUGUCAAUGGAGCAGCCUUGGUAUUUUGCAGUGCUUUCUAUAUGUAUAUGUACUGCAGGAUCUUUUAAGUGAAGCAGGACUGUGCACAAUAUGCCGAUGUGUAUUUGAAUUAUGAUCUUAUGGUUGCUGCCAUAAGGGGCAGGCAAAGUGCUCUGAAAGACAAUUAAAGCAAAUUAUAUACCCCAACUUCUUUAAUUUCCUACUUUUGUGGAUGGGGAGAAGUAAGAAUAGUGAAGCGAAUGUCAUAAGUUAUUUCCACGUGUAUCUAAGGAAAACAUAAGUAAGGCCAUGGGGAAAGAGAAGGGGAAGUGAGCCAAAUUGGAAACGGCACAAUCAGCAGAAUGACCUCCUUCUGUGCUGUAUUAUUGUUUGAUUAAGCAGGUGCCUGCUCAGUAGUUUGUUUCAGCAAGGACUGUUAGAACAACAUAUAAAAUCGCCAUGAACAACAUAUCAAAUCGCCAUACCAGAGCAUUUUCACUUUACCACAGUGAAUACCCCACUGUAAGUCAAUGGCUCUGUAUUCACUGUGGUUAAAAAGAGGCUGUCUGCAGUCACUGUUAUAACAGGGUAGGUUUGACUGCAGCCUCUAGCGCCUGCAUGUGUGCAGUUAAACAUGGAUACCCAGCAGUGGGUUUCAGACACACCCUGCUGCACCAGGGGCUCCAGGACCAUAAUCUGCACUGACACUUGCUAUUGAAAUGGAAUCAAUUAAUACUGUAUUAAACGUGCCUGACAAGGUUCGUGUUGGUGCAGGCCAGAGUAAGAAAGGCUUAAAAGACAUAAUGAUAAUUACUGUUGAGCAGCUGCUGUGGCUCAGAAAUAUUAACGCUGAGUGUGGAGUCUUGUUUCAUUGAGAAAAUAAAUGGUGUUGAUUUUUUUUUUAAAUUUAACGUUUAUUUGAAUAGGUUCUAUCAGUAUUUCUCAUCUUUCUCUCCAUUAGUUCCAUCUGUAUACCCCAAGUUAUAUUUCAUUUACUGAAUAUUGAAAUGUGUUUCCUGGUUUGAACUUGUCCUGGCUCACUGGAUGGCUAAGUAGCCUGACUGCUGUAUGUUCUAUUCACAUGUCAUAGAUUCCCUGUACAGUACCAAGCUGAAACACUGGAUUAGAGGAAGUCUGCAUUGUAAUUCCAGCCAAAGGCAUGUAGGCACAGGUCAGUGAGAUGAAUGGCGAAGGCUGUUCCUUGCACCCACAUUUUCAACAGUUUACUGGAGUAUGGAAUCACAGGCGCAAGUUCCCUUCCUUUACCUCAGGGUCACCAAUGUUUUACAGGGAAGGAAAUCCAUCUCAUCUAGUCUGGUCUCCGUGCAGCCCCAUAUAAACAGAAAUGUGAUAUACUCUGAAAAAAGCCCGUCAAGCCACUCAGUUAUCCCAAACUGCUACAGUGAACUUGGUCAGAAGACCAAGAUACUGCACUCAGACAUGUUGAAGACAUAUGCGGCUUAGUUUAGCCUGCAAGGUUCCUCUCACGAUCAGCAAGGGAGGUGCCUGCAUUGGGAGAAUUGCACAGACUACUUAAACAUCAGGCUGACAUGCAUCUUUCAUUCAGCAUCCCUGACUCCUUCAGCACAAUCCCUGGGUGUGUCCUGCCUCACCAGAGGUGCCACAUUUGCUUGUAAUCGUGGCCCUGGGAGUCCUCGAGACUGACUGCAGAUCUCACUGGCUCUCAUAGUAUUGGGUCAGACUUGAGCAGCAAAACUUUGACCGCAGCUUACCUCUCUCGGACGCUGAGUCAGCACUCCACUGUAAAACUGUAGGUAACAAGGACACACGGUAGUGUAGCGGUUAGCGUAAAGCUAUUAAAGCGCCAGUGACCCAGGUUCAAUUCCAGCCACUGUCUGUAAGGAAUUUGUACGUUCUCCCUGUGUCUGCGUGGGUUUCCUCCGGCUUCCUCCCACAUUCCAAAGACAUACGGGUUAGGAAGCUGUGGGCAUGCUAUGUUGGCGCCAGAAGCAUGGCGACACUUGCGGGCUGCCCCCAGAACACUGCAAAAGAUGCAUUUCACUGUGUUUUGAUGUACAUGUGACUAAUAAAGAUAUCUCUU